ACCAAGGUCGAUCUAUAGAGGCUCCCCACAGCUACCACCACAAUCCAUCUCCUCCUCCCUCCUCCUCCUCCUCUUCCUCCUCCUACCUUUCUCCUUCAACACAACCCUCUUCCUCAUUUCUUUUUCCCUCUGUGAGCAUGCAUAUACAAGAAGAGCAGCAGGCUACACAAUCCACAGACAUAAUGUCUACCUUGACUUCUGCAGGGCUCAAGCUGAAGGAACCCAUGUCUCCGAACUGUAGCUCGGUUGGGGCGGCUGGAGAGAAGACGGGGAGGGGAAAGGUUAAGAUCAAGCGCAUAGAGAACACGACUAACCGGCAGGUCACCUUCUGCAAGCGCCGCAACUGCCUCCUCAAGAAGGCGUACGAGCUCUCCGUGCUCUGUGACGCCGAGAUCGCCCUCCUCGUCUUCUCAAACCGCGGCCGCCUCUAUGAGUAUUCCAACAACAGUGUGAAAGGAACCAUUGAGAGGUACAAGAAGGCAACCAGCGACACCUCCAGCGCUACUACAGUUGCAGAGAUCAAUGCCCAGCACUACGAGCAGGAAUCUUCUAAGUUGAGGCAGCUAAUCACCAACUUACAGAACUCCAACAGGGCCCUGAUAGGUGAUUCUAUCACAACCAUGAGCCACAGGGACCUUAAGCAGCUGGAGGCUAGGUUGGACAAAGGCCUAGGAAAGAUUAGAGCAAGAAAGAAUGAAUUGUUGUCUUCUGAAAUCGAGUAUAUGCAGAGAAGGGAAAUGGAGCUGCUGAAUGACAACUUGUACUUAAAGAGCAAGCAGGUUGAUGAGACUGAAAUGAGGCAGCAGACGGUGAACAUGAUGGGGGAGCCGUCGACGAGCGAGUAUCAGCAGGGUUUCAUUCCUUGUGACCCAACAAGAAGCUUCCUACAAUUCAACAUCAUGCAGCAGCCUCAAUAUUACUCCCAGCAGGAGGAGGACCGAAAAUACUUCAACACAGAUGGAAAAUGGAACUUGGAGAUCUGAAGUUCUAGACUGUGAUGUGCCUGCAAGGGAAAAGCUCGAGCUAUAAAAACUAGAGUACUACUUUUUAAUAUAUAUAUAUAUAUAUAUAUAUAUAUAUAUAAACUAGAGUACUACUUUUUAAUGUUUAUG